GCGGCGGCGGCGCAAGAUGGCGGGGUGCGGCGCGGGGCUGUGCUGCUGCUGCUGCCCGCGGUGCUGCGGCGAGCGGGAGAGCCGCACCCCUGAGGAGCUGACAAUCCUAGGAGAAACUCAUGAAGAGGAAGAUGAGAUCCUUCCACGCAAGGACUAUGAGAGCUUGGAUUACGAUCGCUGUAUCAAUGACCCAUACCUGGAAGUUUUGGAGAGCAUGGACAACAAGAAAGCCCGGAAGUAUGAAGCAGUGAAGUGGGUGAUGGUUUUCGCCAUUGGAGUCUGCACAGGACUGGUGGGCCUCUUCGUGGAUUUCUUCGUGCGACUCUUUACCCAGCUCAAGUUCCGGGUAGUACAGAGCUCAGUGGAAGAAUGCACAGAGAAAGGCUGUCUUGCCUUGUCUUUGCUGGAGCUGCUGGGGUUCAACCUGACCUUUGUUUUUCUUGCAAGUCUUCUGGUCCUCAUCCAACCUGUGGCAGCUGGAUCAGGAAUUCCUGAAAUUAAGUGCUACCUCAAUGGGGUAAAAGUUCCAGGGGUUGUGCGGCUCCGGACAGUCGUGUGCAAAGCUAUGGGAGUGCUCUUCAGUGUGGCAGGAGGUCUUUUUGUUGGGAAGGAGGGUCCAAUGAUCCACAGUGGUGCUGUCGUAGGUGCAGGUUUGCCACAGUUCCAGAGCAUCUCUUUGAGGAAGAUCCAGUUUAACUUCCCGUAUUUCCGCAGUGACAGGGAUAAAAGGGACUUUGUAUCUGCUGGAGCUGCUGCAGGGGUUGCAGCUGCCUUUGGAGCCCCAAUUGGGGGUACUCUUUUCAGCUUGGAAGAAGGUUCCUCCUUCUGGAAUCAGGGACUUACGUGGAAAGUGCUUUUCUGUUCCAUGGCUGCCACCUUCACCCUGAAUUUCUUCCGCUCUGGGAUUCAGUUUGGAAGUUGGGGAUCUUUCCAGCUCCCUGGGCUGCUCAACUUUGGGGAGUUUAAGUGCUCUGAGUCUGAUAAGAAAUGCCACCUCUGGACAGCUGUGGACUUGGGGUUCUUCAUUCUGAUGGGGAUCGUAGGAGGCCUUCUUGGAGCCACCUUCAACUGCUUAAACAAGAGGCUCGCCAAGUACCGCAUGCGAAAUGUGCAUCCGAAACCAAAGCUGGUCAGAGUCUUGGAGAGCCUGCUGGUGUCGCUGACUACCACGGUCGUAGUUUUUGUAGCCUCCAUGGUUCUGGGGGAAUGCCGGCAGAUGUCUUCCACGAGUCACAGUGGCAAUGACACUUUGAGCGUGCAGGGUAUGUCGGAAGAUGUGAAUUCAAGCAUCAAAACUUUUUUCUGCCCAAAUGAAACCUACAAUGACAUGGCCACACUCUUCUUCAACCCUCAGGAGUCAGCUAUCCUGCAGCUCUUCCACCAAGAUGGUACUUUCAGCCCAGUCACACUCUCCUUGUUCUUCCUUCUCUAUUUCUUACUUUCCUGCUGGACAUACGGGAUCUCUGUGCCCAGUGGUCUCUUUGUGCCAUCACUGCUUUGUGGGGCUGCCUUCGGACGCCUGGUCGCCAACCUCCUCAAAAGCUACAUCGGCCUGGAUCACAUCUACUCAGGAACCUUUGCACUGAUCGGAGCAGCAGCAUUCCUGGGAGGAGUGGUCCGGAUGACAAUUAGCCUGACUGUCAUCCUAAUUGAAUCCACUAAUGAGAUCACCUAUGGGCUCCCGAUAAUGAUCACCCUCAUGGUAGCCAAGUGGACAGGAGACUUUUUCAACAAAGGCAUCUAUGACAUCCAUGUGAACUUGCGAGGCGUACCUCUCCUGGAGUGGGAAACAGAGGUGGAAAUGGAUAAACUACGAGCCAGUGACAUCAUGGAACCCAACCUGACUUACGUCUACCCCCACACCCGUAUUCAAUCCCUUGUUAGCAUCUUGCGCACAACAGUUCAUCACGCUUUCCCUGUCGUGACUGAGAACCGGGGCAAUGAGAGGGAGUUCAUGAAGGGAAAUCAGCUGAUAAGUAACAACAUCAAAUUCAAGAAAUCUAGCAUUCUCACCCGAGCUGGAGAGCAGCGCAAACGGAGUCAGUCCAUGAAGUCCUACCCUUCAAGUGAGUUGCGUAACAUGUGUGACGAGCACAUAACAACGGAGGAGCCACCAGAGAAGGAGGAUUUGCUACAACAGAUGCUAGAGAGAAGAUAUACGCCUUACCCCAAUCUGUACCCUGACCAGUCUCCCAGUGAAGAGUGGACCAUGGAGGAACGCUUCAGACCUCUGACCUUCCAUGGCUUGAUCUUGCGUUCGCAGCUGGUCACCCUCCUUGUCAGGGGAGUUUGUUACUCCGAGAGCCAGUCAAGUGCAAGUCAGCCUCGUUUAUCCCAUGCAGAGAUGUCAGAGGAUUACCCUCGCUAUCCAGAUAUCCAUGACCUGGACCUCACAUUGCUGAACCCUCGCAUGAUAGUGGAUGUCACCCCAUACAUGAACCCGUCGCCCUUUGCUGUCUCUCCAAACACUCAUGUGUCGCAAGUCUUUAACCUGUUCAGGACAAUGGGACUCAGACAUCUACCAGUUGUGAAUGCAGUCGGAGAGAUUGUUGGGAUAAUCACUCGGCACAACCUGACCCAUGAAUUUCUGCAGGCAAGACUGAGACAACACUAUCAGACCAUUUGAUGCCCCUGCCCCACUGCCGGUGUGGCUACCUCCCUCUUCCAAGCCUGCACACGCGCUCGCAUUCUGCUUGGACCCCACAAGGCCCAAGACUUGCCGUUUGGCUUCUCACACGCAUAUCAAGCCUGGGGAGCUGGAAAACAUCUUGCUAGCCAGAGAAUUAGAGGAGCUGCUUGAGCCCGGAGCUGUUGACUGGUCUCAGGCACUUGGUUUGAUCACUCUUGAUCCAGGUUUUAUUUUUUUUUCUGUGCGCCCAGCCUUUCAUGAGAUGUUGUCUUGACAUUAUACAUUCUGCUUUUUUUUGUUUUGAGGCUUGGACAAAAGAACCAUCUAGCUCCACUGUGUCCUGUGCAGAGAACUGCAGCAUCUUUUCCGUGUCUACCUGUGCGUUUAUUUCCCUCUUCCUCCCUUGUUACUGCAACUGUUGCCUUACUUGUGUGAGAGGGGGUUGCUGUCAACGCUGAGAGGAGAUAAUGAAGUUUGCAGUUAUCAAAUAGCUGCUUUGCAGGAUGGCUUUUCUCAAAAGUGGUAUAAAAAGCCAAUUCUUUGGAAAUGCACAUCUCUUUGUGGGUGUUCCCAGUUGCCCAUAUUUUUCCACUCUGGCUUUCUUUUUUUUCCUUUUUUUUCUACUCCUUACAUGGGAGUGUCCUUGCUGUGACGUUUUUGACAACAGCUGACUUCAGAGAGCAUCUCAGAGAAUCAGGAGUUCUGAACAGUUCAAUUCAAUUUACUGUUUGGAUUAUAAAUGUUCAAUACUUUUGCAGAGCAUCUCAGAGAAGGAGGCUUUCUUUUUCCCUCUUAGCUGUUGUUACUCUUAUCUCCCUGUAAGAGAGUCUACUAAGGUACUCAACUUGUGGUACUCCACUUUGUCACUACCCUGACGCACCUGUAUUUAUAGGCACGGUGUCCUUUCCAGCUAUGGCCAUAGACCAGGGAACCCCGCUUCCUCAGAGCAUGGAGAAUUGUGGAUUUCUGGAGGCAGUUGUAACCGCCAUGUCUCUGGUUUUCAUUGAGUUACUUCUGUGUUGUGAAAGGAGCUGGCGUAACUUUAGGCUGCUGUACAGGAAGGGUACUUAGUGCUAGUAACUAGCAGGCAGGAUUAUACUGCAGCUUGAUAAGUGGGGCUGUCUGGCUUUAAAAACUCUUGGGUAAUGUUUGCAGCUGCAACGGCCAAAUGUCUGUAAGGGUAAAAUCAGUACUUAGGAGCCAGUUGCAGCCAGUUCACUGCUUUAGCAGGUACCAUCCUGGCCAGCACCUGUAUUGUUCCAGCAGGCACCUGCCUUUGUGAGUUUUGCAUACAGAUAACCCCGAGUGGGAAGCCAGCGUUGUGCCUCUGGGGACUGCAGAGCUGAUUGGCUUGAUAAGGCACAGAGCAUUCUCUCAGCCAAGAGACUGGGCUAAGUAACAUGGGGAAUGUAUCCUGGGAAAGCUUCUGCACAGCCUCCAAGCACCCCUGUUAACCUGUUGUCUGCCAUAAGGAGCCAGCUAGAUGAGAGCUGCGGCAGAAGGAAAUCAGACACUGUUCCAUCUCCUGAAAUCGGGAACUCACCUAUGUUGAAAAUUCUCCUGAAUAAGCGUAGCAGAAUUGUGCUCUUUCCUUGCGUGUCAAAACACUACUUCUGUUAGAGCAGCCUCUUUGUGGAAGCUGACUGUUGCAGGGCAGUGCUUUGCAAGCUGCUGACACCUGCUACAGUUAGGGCUAGGAGGUUUUGUGCCCAGGGCACCAGCCAUAGUCUUGAUGUAGGGCUCUUUAAGUCACGGGGGCUCUUUAAACAUUCGUGUAGUCUUUGCAGUCCAGGUAGUUGUGGGACAGAUGUGUUCUCUGGCUGUGCUUGCAAUAAACACAGAUGAGUCACUGGAUGCUCUUGAUUUCUGUCCUGCAGAUGAGAGAAAGCUUGGUCUUAUGAGCAGUUCCUGAGGCAAAAUUUUAGGGUGGAAUUGAUCCUUGUCGUACAGGGCAUAGCACAGCUCAGCUGGAAAGUUUUUUAGCAAAGCUGUUCAUAAACACUUAGAUUUAUUUUUUUUAUCUUUUAUUCCUCUCCAUUGACGUCUGGAGGCCUUGUUUUUUCUUUCAGUGUUCUUUCUCUCCUGCCUUCUUAUUAGGCCUUCUUACUAAGAGAGGAAUGGUGGAUCUUUGUUUUCAGGAAUGGAUGUUACAGCAUUUCCACAAAGGAAAGAAUGGGCUGUGGUACAUGCACUAGCAGUUGUUGCAAGGGAAGCUGGAUCCUUUGUUAAACAUGGUGAGUGUCCAGGGCUUCUUGGGAGAGGACCUAUGCUAAAGAGCAGAGAACACAAUUCAUUCUUUUUCUUACUGUGGAGCUUGCAACAACAGCUCUUGUCUCCGCCACUAAAGUUGUUUUGCUGGCUUCUGAAUAUCUUAGUUCUAUUUCAGGUAAGGCAUGCAAGCUCUUAAACUUUCUAGAGUAAAACAAAGGUGUUUUCCUAGAGCUAGUACCCGCCUUGUGCCUUUCAAUCUGAACUCCUUAGCUGGGACAGAUGUAGCAUUGUUCCUAGAGCACACAAGUCAGCAUUGUCCUCUGCUUUUGACUUGCAAGUUGUUUCCCAGUUGGUAGGGUAAGGACGUUUUCUCUGGAUAGUCUGUGUAGCUGGUUUCUAAAUGCCUGUGUUCCCUGAGCACUGGUUGUGCACUGAGCUGCCCCAAGGAACUUCCAGCACCCCUUUGCGCUCCCCGAAGCUGGACUGUGGGUUUGAAAUAUGCUUCUGGUAACCUACCUUUCAUUCAAAGGAUUUGUGCUCUUGGGUAGUUACAAAUUACAGGAAUUCUGUUUUGGGAUUUCAGAUCCUUCUAGUGUGGAAUUCACAAUCCCAUACUGUCAGAAAACCUCUCAAGAGUGCCCUCUCUCUGGGGUAAAUCCUUUUCCUAUCGCUUAUGAUGAGUGACUGCAUGUGGAAGGUUCCUUCAGUCUGUGCACCUGAACCUGAGGUCCUUAGAUUGUUGCCUUGAGCCAGUCAUCUCCUGUUUUAUUUGUGAACGUGAGCUGCAGCAGUAUAUUUUGCUGUAGAAUGUCUUACCCUUACUAUUAAGGCCUGUAGUUAGGUGAUCCAGAGAAGACAGAAAAAUCCUGCUAAAGUUUGAGCACCAGCUGUGUUUCCCUGUGAGAGCUGGCUGUGAGCACUGUCUGCUCUGCCUGUGCAUCUGUCUUAUUCAGGACUUUCAGCUGGAAAACACGCCUGUUUCACUCCUUCGGUAAGGAAUUUUUAAGUAGUGAUGGUGGGGGACCCUGUCGGCCUUUUUAAAGGGAAAUCUGAGUGUGCAAUCACCAGUUACGUAGUUUGCAGAAAGGAAGUUACAAGUUCAUGUGACACCUGGAGAUGCAGCAUUUUACCUCUGACUGAAGACUGCUGCAAAGAGCUUGAGUUGAAUUAGUCCUGUUCUCACACUUUGCUGGUCACUAAAUUCCUUUCUAACAACAUGCUAGCUGCUUUUGUUCUGGCUACUUAGUGGUUUACCAAGAAACUUGUAGCAUAGGUGCCUAUAACUUUUUACUCAGAGCAACACUAAAGGAACAGUAACCAAGAACUGGAUUAGUACUGAUAUGGCAGAAGUUUGGGGUAAUAUGGGGCACUCUCCCCGCCUCAUGUUUUCCUGUGCAGUGUUAAUUAUGCAGUUUUGAAUUAACUUACUGUGAGCCAUUCCAAUGGUAGCAAGUUACCUUUCCAUUUGUUUUUUUGCACUGUUUUUGUUAUAAAAUGAUGUAAGCUAAUUCCACAAUGUAUAUAAACUGUAUUUUUUUUAAAUUUGUAUGAACAUAUUUUUAUUUGAAUUAUGGCACUUGGGAAGUAUUCAUGUAACCAUAACAUGUCCGAGAGUAAAAUGUUUGUGUGUCUCUUCAGCACUUCAAAGCCUCUUCAUGUUUCUAGUGUUGUUUUAUUUUUUGUCCUUUACUGUAAUAAAACUGGUAGAACAU